AUGUACUGCCAAUCCAUGGUUCUCCUUGCUGCCGCCUUCGCGUCGUUGGUGGCGGCCUCGCCUAUGGCGCUCCACGGCGCAAACAGCUGCUCGACCGGGCCGGUCCACUGCUGCAACAGCGUCGAGCACCACACCCAGCCUCACGCAAACACCUUGGCGAGGGGCUCGGGUCUUGUGGGCCUGGAUAUCGAGACAUUGGUGGGGAACAUUGGCUUGGAUUGCAGCCCCAUCGGCCUUUCCAGCACGGACUGUACCGCUCAAACCGUCUGCUGCGACGACGUCACUUUCGAUGGCAAGGUUGCUGUUGGCUGCACACCCGUCAACCUUAGCGUCCUCUAG